CUUGCCUUCUCAUCAACCAGCAGACAACAGUCUAGCUAGUGCUACUGCCUUUCACUCCAUCGUUCUUGUGAGAUCUAGCUGGUAGCUAUGGCCAAUGCAGUAACGUGCUUGCUCAUGGCUGCCGUCGUGUUGGCCCCGCUUUUCGCUGGCGCUGCAGGUGGGAAGCUGUCAACGAGGUUCUACGACAGGAAGUGCCCGAACUUGCAGAGCAUUGUGCGGUUAGCGAUGGUGGAGGCCGUCGCGGCCGAGCCGCGGAUGGGCGCAUCUAUCCUCCGGAUGUUCUUCCACGACUGCUUCGUCAAUGGCUGCGACGCGUCGAUCUUGCUUGACGACACCGCGGACUUGACCGGCGAGAAGAAUGCCGGACCGAACGCUAACUCGGUGCGCGGGUACGAGGUCAUCGACGCAAUCAAGGCCCAGGUCGAGGCUUCUUGCAGCGCCACGGUCUCCUGCGCUGACAUCGUCGCUCUUGCCGCACGGGACGGCGUUAACCUGCUGGGAGGGCCGACGUGGACGGUGCAGCUGGGCCGGCGCGACGCGCGGAACGCGAGCCAGAGCGCGGCUAACUCCAAUCUCCCGAGUCCAGGGUCCAGCCUCGCAACGCUCAUCACCGUAUUCGGCAACAAGGGGCUCUCGGCGCGGGACAUGACGGCGCUGUCCGGCGCGCACACGAUCGGGCAGGCCCGGUGCACCACCUUCCGCGACCGUAUCUACAACGACGCCAACAUCAACGGCUCCUUCGCGGCGCUCCGGCAGCAGACGUGCCCCCAGGCGUCCGGGACCGGCGGCGACGGCACGCUCGCGCCCAUCGACGUGACGUCCCCGGACGUGUUCGACAACUACUACUACCAGAACCUGAUGAGCAAGCAGGGCCUGUUCCACUCGGACCAGGAGCUCUUCAACGGCGGGUCGCAGGACGCGCUCGUGAGGAGGUACAGCGGCAAUGGCGCCAUGUUCGCGGCUGACUUUGCGAAGGCGAUGGUCAGGAUGGGGGGACUCAUGCCGUCGGCGGACACGCCCACGGAAGUCAGGUUGGACUGCAAGAAGGUCAAUUAAGGUCAACUGGGCAAUGAAUCGAAUCUGUGCUGAACAAGUCUAGUACUGUACUAUUAUUUCAUCGAACACGAGAUUUUCCAACGGUCAAAAUGGCUGUUUGCCGAUCCAUAUCCUUCCUGCAACUAAUACUCUAAUACUCUGUCUCAUAUGUCCGUUUUCCAUUUUGUUA